AUGAUGACCUUAACGAAUAUGCUAUUCAAUUAUUCAGUUCUAUGGCAAACGAGGACCUCCUCCGACCAGGGCAUACUGCCAGACGUGGCUGUCCUCACCAUUGUCAUCGGGGAAUAUGCCAUUGCUGGCGAGAUCAAGGCUGCUCUCAAGGUCUACCAGCACAUGUUAGCCAUCGGUGUCUCCCCCACCUCCCACACUUACACUCUACUCAUCAUGGCCCUUGUAACAGACUCUUCCGAUGUCAAUUAUGUUUGCCUCGCCAAGAAGUAUUUUAUGGAAAUGUUGGAUAAGGGAUUGAAGCCCCAUGAUGUUUCCUAUAUCUCUGUCUUUGAUGCCAUUGCCCGCCGGGAGUCGGUGGAGAAGGCCAGGGAGUUCCUUGAGCAGAUAAAAGCAAAGGGGUUCAGCCUUGAGUCCAAUGUUUUCUACUUUGAUGAAGCCCACCUCACAGAGGCGAUGAAGAUAACAAAGUUGCUCCGUGAUCUCGCCAACAACACGACUGACAAGGAUAUACAAAAGCUGUUCCGCAAGUGGUGCACCAGUGGACAUGGCUUCCAGAAAGAGUCAAUGAAGAUGUACAAGGCUCUGGUGAAGGAUGGUAAUGCAGACGAAGCCAUGGACCUUCUUAUGUUGUUCAUUAAGGGCAUAAAACCGGCCGUCCUAAUCCAUACCUGCGUUAUUGAGACCUACGUCAAUGCUGGCAAGAUCAAGGGUGCUCUUGAGGCUUACAAGGACAUGUUAGCUGCUGGGGUUGCCCCAAACUCCUACACUUACACAUUUUUAAUCAAGGGACUCACUGCUGACCCCAACUUCUUUGGAGAUGCCAAUAAGUUUUUGCUUGAGAUGAUGGAUAAAGGGAAGCGGCCCAAUGCUUCUACCUACACUGCAGUGAUAGAGGGCUUUGCAAAGCAGCAGGACAAGGCAGCUGAGGAGGAGGGAAAAGAGUUGGUGGAGGUGAUGAUGGGUAAGGGGUUUGUGCCAAACGCAAAGGCUAUGAUGGAGGUUUUAAAGGGAAGACCAACAGCUGUGAUAAGAAGGGUCAUGAACAUUGUCCUUUCUAAGUUGAAGGGCUGAUGCAUUGCUUCAUUGAUGUAUUCCAGCAGUUUUGGAUUGGGAUGUUUCAAAAAUGGGGUAGCUAAUGAGCUUAGGUGAUCAUGUAGGAUUGAGUUUCAAUAGGGGAUUUUGUGCUGUUCUAUAUCAUUAUGGCAUGUUGACCUUGAAGUCUUUGGUGCUAAUUCCUGCAGUUUAAUCUGGUUCUGCAUACAUAUUUUUCCUUUUUAGCCACACUAUAUUAUCUGCUUUUGACUGGGUGGGGAUCACAAAAUGUAUAUCAAUUUGCACAGGUUGCUUUUCUU